AUGCAAGGAGACCAAGACAAAUCCUUUAUCCAAGGAGAUCCCAUCAGGGUCCUUCUAACCUUAUUUUUCUUUGUGAAAGGUGCUCUUCCGUCUAUCCUGCAAAGGUGUUUACUGUUAACCAUUACUCAUAACCAAAAGGAAACUGAAAAUAAUUUCUCUAAGAUGGAAAUCAAUCCUGGAAAGUCUAAUGAGAGAACUGUGGAGGCCAAGAACAAGAAGAACAAGGAAGUCGACCCCACUUCUCAUUCAAGUGUUGAAGGACCACAUGGUGGACCAUCGAUUGGAACAAUUAUACCUGGGAAGACUUAA